AUGGGGCAAUCUGUCCAACAAGCCGUGUCGUUACCGGUCUACAUCGAUGCACGCCCAGUCGUCCACACCGUUGCUCCACCAGCUGCCUAUGUUAGGCACAUUCCGCACUUUGAAGAUCAACAUCACAUGUAUCAGACUAUCGACUCAACCGUUGUUGGUGAUGAAGUAAGAUUUGAAGAUUUUAGAGAAGUGAAGGAGAACAUACAACUCCUUGAGAAGAAGUUCCAAGCAUUAGAAGGAGACCACAUCUUUGGAUCUGCUGCCAAAGAAAUGUGCCAUGUACUUGGGUUGGUGAUUCCGGCCAAAUUCAAAACUCCAGACUUCGACAAAUACAAGGGGCAUACUUUCCCAAAGAGCCAUCUCAUCAUGUAUUACCGAAAAAUGGUUGCUCACGUGGAAGACGACAAGUUGAUGAUCCAUUGUUUUCAAGAUAGUCUGAGUGGGGCUCCUUCCAAGUGGUAUUUAAGUCUGGAUCAGAAUAGAAUUAGAUGUUUACAAGACCUGUCAAACGCGUUCAUAAAACACUACAAAUAUAACAUGGACAUGGCACCUGAUAAAAGGCAGUUGCAAAGCAUGUUCCAGCAUGACAAGGAUUCCUUCAAGGAAUAUGCUAAGAGAUGGAGGGAACUGGCUUCUCAAGUUGAACCACCUCUUUCUGGAAAGGAUUUGGCUGAACUAUUCAUCGACAUUGUCCAACCCCAAUUCUAUGAGAAGAUGGUUCGAAGUGCUUCCUUGGGAUUAUCAGAGCUUGUUGCUAUAGGGGCUCGUGUCGAAUAUGGUUUAAGAAAUGGAAAACUUGCGGAUGUAGCUGGAACUUCAAAUGCUAAUCCAAAGAAGAUCUAUGGAGGGUUUCCCAAAAAGAAGGAAGGAGAAACAAAUGUUGUGACUAUUGGCCAAGGAAGAGCCCCUCCAAGGAGGAGACAACAACAAUAUUCACCACAACAGUAUGUUCAACAACCCUUUCCCUAUCAGCAUCCCAUGUAUCUCAUUCAGUAUGCCCCACAACCGUACGUAGCUGCUGUGACGCCCGUUUUCAAUCAAGAACCUGCUCAGGCUUAUCAAGUGCCUCCGGUUUAUCGACCAACUCCAGUGCAACAACGUGCUGCGAUUCCUCCAGUUUAUCAACAAGCACCCAUAACUCUGGUCUAUCAACAGCCUAGAGCUCAAUCUCCAAGGCAAAAUGCUCAGAACCAGAAUAAGAGGCAAGGGGAUAGGGCGACCUUCAAUCCAAUUCCAAUGUCGUACACUGAGCUUUAUCCCUCCAUGUUGCAAAAGGGUUUGGUGGUUCCCAGACCUAUGGGACCUCCACCUGACCGUCUGCCUCCAUGGUACAACCCUAAUGCACACUGUUCUUUUCAUGAAGGAUAUGGGACCGAAUGUGAAGAACAAUCCUCUUCCCCCCAUGGAGAUCCUGCAGUGAACGCCAUUGAAGAUGUCUCUGUUGGUGUUAUGGUUGAGAAGGUGGACGAUGUUAAGACUCCUUUAGCAGAAUUCCACGCCCGAUUGGUGGAAGCUGGCCUAAUUAGUAUUCAUCAUGACAACUGUGAAGAGUGUUCCGCACACCCAAAAGGAUGUCAAACGGUGCGAGAUAAUAUUCAAGACUUGAUGAAUAAAGGAGUGCUUCAAAUCUCCAGCAUUACAUAUAAUGAAGAUGUGUUGGUAAUUGAACCUUGCUUCAAUUUACCUGAACCACUAAAAAUCCCAUACUAG